AUGGAGUUGCAGGAUGAAUUUUAUAACAGCGCACAGUACAUUGAAACGGCAUCAGGAAACAAAGUUAGUCGCCAGUCAGUCUUGUGUGGAAGCCAAAACAUAGUCAUUAAUGGCAAGACAGUGGUCAUGACUGGAUGUGUCAUCCGAGGAGAUCUGGCCAAUGUUCGCAUUGGCAGGCAUUGUAUUAUCAGCACUAAUGCUGUGAUUCGUCCAGCUUUCAAAAAAUUCUCUAAAGGUGUGGCCUUCUUUCCGCUGCACAUUGGGGAUCAUGUACUCAUUGAAGAAGAUUCUGUGGUCAAUGCAGCACAGGUUGGCUCGUUUGUGCACAUUGGCAAGAACUGUGUCAUUGGUCGCAGGUCAGUAUUGAAAGAUUGUUGUGCUAUAGCUGACAACACGGUUCUGCCCCCAGAGACCGUGGUCCCUCCAUUUACACUGUAUGCUGGCUCACCUGGUAAAAUAGUUGGAGAGUUGCCUGACUGCACCCAGGACCUGAUGUCUGAUAUCACCGUCAGCUACUACCAACACUUCAAGCCACAAACUAGAGGGAAUUAA